AUGUCCGAGUCAAACGCCACGCAGCAAGAGCUGACCCCAGGUCAGAUUGAUUACGUAGUGCGGUGGUACGACUUCAUGUCGAAAGCGAAGAAGGAAGGCCUUUUUAGAGAGCAGCUAACCCGAGACCUUGUUGCUGCGUGUCUAGAGAUAGCACACAGCACUGUCAUGAUGAUGAUGAACGCCUACAGAGCCGACAAUGACACCAAGUUCGAGGUGCGCACCAGCAUUAUUGUGGUGUCAAUUUCUUAUCAGCUCUAUAACGUUAACCUCUAA